UGUCUUCUGGUCCAUGCAGAGGGCAGCGACAUCCCCGUCUUGCAAGCUUGUGCCUCCUGUAACCUGCUAUAGCGAUCCCAAGGCCGGGAGGAAGGGCUCCUCCGGGGCUAAGGCACCGAGCUUCAUCUUCUGCGACUAUUGAUCCCCAAGCACAGAUGAGAGGGAACUCACCAGCCCUAGGUGUUGGUUUGGAAAGGCACCAAGCCAGGCCUCUGCUCUUGAUGACGGUAGUGUUGCAGCUUGUCCAUCAGGGAAACAGCUACCAGAGAGAAUCAGACAGUGUCAGAGAAGUCGGCAAUAUCCUGUCUCCAAAGCUCCCAGGGACGACUCUGGACGGCACCCUGAGUGACUCCAGCAGAAUGAAUGGCAGCCAGGAGGGGUGGCGCCCACGGGACUUCCCUCCUCACUCCCGUACUUUUGGCGAGAGUGCGAUCCCUGGAUCCCGCUGCUGCCACAACGGAGGCACCUGCGUUCUGGGCAGCUUUUGCGUGUGCCCUGCACACUUCACUGGCCGCUACUGCGAACACGACCAGAGGCGCAGGGACUGUGGCGCUCUGGGGCAUGGAGCUUGGACCCUUCACAGCUGCCGCCUAUGCAGGUGCAUCUUCUCAGCCCUGUACUGUCUCCCACGCCAAACGUUCGGCCACUGUGACCUGAAAGGCUUCCUCUCGUCAGGGACCAGAGGAGGGUCGAGUGCAAGCGGUGCCCUGAGUCUUCUGCUGCUCGGCCUCCUCCUGCAGGGCGUGGCUGGCGACGGCUGAGGUCCUAAGCCCAGUGACAGCAUCUCCUGGAGCUGCCAGGAGUCAUCCUUGGUUGCACACGGCGCCACAGCAUGCCAGCAGGAAGGCUGGGCAGCGGGCAUCUGCUUGGAUGCUGUAAAUAACAGAACGGCUGAAAUGUGACGGGUCCUUGUGCUGUGCAAUAAACAUGUUCAACAGGGA